ACAAGAAAAAAAAAAACCUACAAUUAUAUUUAUAUAUUUAUAAAAAGUGAAAGAACAAUAUAUGCUUACAUAUUUAUAGCGACUAACAGGAAAAAAUAAUCACAACAUUUACAAUUGAACAGAUAUUUAUUUAUAUUUAUUGCACACGCUCUAACUGGAUUUAAAAGGAAAGUUUCUUGAAAGUUGCGCGGACUUGCUUUUAAUUUAAGGGGGAAAAAAGUGACGUUUUGGUUAUAUAUUCCAAAGAAAUUCAAGGAUAUAAAGAAUACAGUGUGGACCCUGAAUAAGAAACAAAAAUUGUGAAGAAUUCAGUUGGGAAAUUACAUCAUUAUCAACAUUACGCACACAGAGACUAAAAAUACUUAUUAUUAUUAUUAUUUACUUGUUAUAACUUUGUUUGCCUUUUGCCCUUUUUUUUUCACUGACAAUUUAUUGAAGAGAAAAGAAAAAAAGGAUUUACCACUAUUCCAUUAUUAUCAGAUUAAAGUUCUCAUGUUAUUGAACAUUGGUUCUUGGAUCUUGAAAAGACAAAGACAAAAAAAACUUGUUGCAGUAUUUGUUUCGCUUCUUUUGAUUUAAAUAAAUCCUUUUUUUUUUGUGUUUGAGAACACUUGAUAUUUACUAAAAAGGACUUAAAGAAUUCAGUGAAAAAUUUUUUUUUUUUUGCUUUUUUGGUUCAAUUAUGAUGCAAUCUGCUCCAAUCAGUGAAGAAUUAUACGAUUCACUGAACUCCAACCAAAAACCUACCCAGCCCAAGACAAAAGUUGCCGUCGAAGACACAACAAUUGGCCCCUUCGGAGACGGCGGGGGCGACGACGAAGACGACGACGACGACGAUUCCAUUCGGAACUUGUCCAGUAUGACCCCUUGCACGCCCUCGGUGGGAUCUUUCGACAGCAGCUACGCCACUGACGACUCCCCUUCUAAUAUUUCGCCUGGUUUUACGUUCAGUUUCGAACCAGACCAACAUCUUCAACACCACCACCACCAACAACAACAACAACAACAACAGCAGCAGCAGAAGGGAGACGAAGAACAUCAGCAAGAACAACAGCAGCAGCAGUAUCACUUGCACCAAUAUCGCCAACAGCAGCACUAUUGCCGCUCUGUCUGCCGCCGCCAGCUCUUCGAAGGUCCGCAGAACUAUCCCCACCGUUACCACAACCAGCAGCAGCAACAGCAACAGCAGCAGCAGCAGCAACAACAACAGCUCUCCCAUCCUCUCUACUUCCCGCAGCACAUACAGCAGCAGCAACAACAGCAGCAGGAGGAGCAACAUCAUCAUCAUCUUCAACAGCAGUUCCAGGCUCUGUCGAUAGGAAAUAAUACAACUGCUGCUAUCGGUGCUGUGGGCGGCGGCGGCGGUGGUCGUCGCCGUGGCCCAGCUGUCAUAUCGACCAGUCUGUGUAGUGUAGAGAGUAUGAGCGAUUACUCGAUGCGAGAGAGGAGUUCGAACGACUUUGACGAAAACGACGACGAAGACGACGACGACGAUGAUGUUGUCGUUGGCGACGUCGACGACGACGACGACGUCGAUGGAGAUUUGGACAAGGACGACGACGACGAUGAAGACGGCGAUAAUAACGAUGACGUCGACGACGAAGACGAAGUGGUAGGCGCCGCCGACGACGACGAUGAGGAUGACGACGACGAUGUCUUCUCCAAAGACGGAGUAAGUGGGAACAGCGCAUUUCCGAGUUCGCAACGACACGGUGUGUCUCACAGCCGACCAAUACCGAUUCGAUCGGUUGCCAGAAGAAACAGAACAAACGAUUUGAACACGAUGAACCACCACCAUCAUCAUCACCACCACAACAACAAUAACCACAACAACAACAACAACAACGGUUCUACUUCUUCUUACGGAAGUCCGAGCAGUUUCCCCAUGAGCAUGGACCAUCAUUUUAUGGCCAACUUCCGAAACAAUUUCCCGCAACAUUUCCAAGGACCUCCCGGGAUGAGUCCCGACUGUUGCCAGGCGGGGAACAUUUUGGUGUCUUGUAGCUGGGGAUCGGAACUACGGCGCACUAUCGGAACACAAACCUACCCCAUGUUUAGAAGAACCGGCGCAUUGUUUGGAAUUCAAACUGCCUGUCACUUACACAACCAAUCCAGCAUCCGCGCAAUCAUCAGCUCAACAGGUAGGAAGAAAAACUUUUAUUUCUCUUUCUUUCGCUGUUCGCUUUUAAAUCCAUCUCGAUCGCGCUUGUUUUUCCUAUCUCUGAUUGAUUAAACUUAACCUCUUAAAACACACA